AUGCCAUGUCCUCCUUCAGGCUACCGUGUCAAGAAAUUUGAAAGAGUCAUAGAAUUUGAUAAUACUAUCAUCACAAAUUCCCUCUUCAUCAGAGAAGAAAUGUUUGAUCUAGGUCUGAUCUCAUGCGCAAAUAAAUGUCUAGCGUUUGGAGGUUGUGACCCUGGCUGGUGGCAAUAUAAGACUCACUGUUACUUUUUUGGUGAAACCGAGGUGACUUGGAUGGAAGCAAAGUCUGAAUGUGAAGACAGCUGUUCCUAUCUGGUGGAAAUAGAAACUAAAGAGGAAUCUGAUUGGCUGGCCCAGACUUUUCUUUUUAAAGACACGUGUCCUUCAGAUAUAUACCUUAGUUGCCAUGCUUGGACUGGUGGUAAUGAUUUAACAGUAGAAGGUAGAUACCAGUGGAGCCACUCUAACAAGUCUAUUGACUUCACCAACUGGUUUGAGAAUGAACCUUACAAUCCACACGGUGAAGACUGUAUUCAGCUACUCAUGAAUGGCGAAUGGAAUGAUGGAACAUGUUCUGCCAAGACUCAAUAUAUUUAUGAGAAGUCUGAUGGGAGCUAA